AAAACAUAACCUAUAUUGUCAUAACACCUAACCUCAUCUAACAAAUAAAAAUGUUGAGAAAUAAUCUAUGCAGUCUAUUUAGAAAUUUAAACAUAUUAGAAACGCAACUGUCUAAUGGAAGAACAAUAUUUACAAAUGCCCCUAAAUUAAGGGAAGUCACAAACAGAAAGGAAAUGUUGAAGUCUCUACCAUCAACUGAUGAAGGAACUGCUGGAGAAAAAGCCAUUGAUGUAGAUUCUCUAAUUAGCCAGAAUUUCCAAUUGUUCCCUGAUGCAGACACACCUAACAGAUUAUUCAAUGGUGUCCCAUUUAAAGAUAUUCCCAUUUUCCACAUAAGGGUGUCACCAAACAACACAAUCCUAUCACUUACAGAUGCAAAUGGUGUUCCAAAGAUUAUUAGGUCAUGUGGUGUUGAGGGCUUUAAAAAUACUAGGAAAGGAACAAACAUUGCUGCACAAGCUACUGCCAUUACAGUAGGAACAAAAGCCCUAGAAAGAGGUGUAAAAACAGUAAGGGUAACUGUGAGAGGUCUUGGACCUGGAAGAUUGUCUGCUAUUAAAGGUUUGCAAAUGUCAGGCUUAGAAAUAAUCUCCAUUACUGAUGCCACAAGAGUAUCAUGGAAUCCACCAAGGCCAAGAAAGCAAAGGAAAUUGUAAAAAAUCUGUAAUAAAUAUUUGUUAAUACAAA